AUGGCUCUCCUUUUCAUCAAGCAAAAGCUAUUCCCUACAAAGGGGUACCAGAACCUUUCAACAAAACCUCUCAUCGAACAUGUGGACGAUGAGUCGACUGUCCGCGCUAAUUCUGAACGCGACCUUGAGUCCCAAAGCCACCGUUCAUAUGACACCUUUGGCAACAGCGCGCCUUCCACCACCAGCAACGCCUCCCGAGCCCGCAUUAACCCGCGCAUUGUCUCGGAUGCCAUCCUGGGCUUAUCGGACGGGUUGACUGUGCCUUUCGCACUGAGUGCUGGUCUCUCUGCACUCGGGAAUACCAAGGUGGUGGUUCUCGGUGGCUUGGCAGAGCUGGCUGCAGGUGCCAUCUCCAUGGGCCUGGGUGGAUAUGUCGGGGCCAAGAGUGAAGCCGAAUCUUAUGAAACCACGGUCCGCGAGACCCAGAAGUUGAUUGAGAGUGAUGGACAGGAAACCCGGCUGAUGGUGCGUGAGGUUUUCGCGCCAUACGGGCUCUCCGAUACUGCCCUGGACGAGAUCACUAGUGAUUUACAUGCCUCCCACGAGCGGUUGCUGGAGUUCCUGCUGGCCUUCCAUCAUCGCGAGUCGGCACCUGACUGCAACCAGGCUUGGAUCUCGGCUAUCACUCUUGCUCUGGGAUAUUUUGUGGGUGGUUUUAUUCCGCUGAUUCCAUACUUCAUCGCUUCGCAGGUGAUCGCCGCCUUGUACUGGAGUAUUGGGGUCAUGGCUGUCACCCUUCUGGUCUUCGGGUACUUAAAGACCUGUGUGGUUCGUGGAUGGUCUGGUCGCGACAACAUUAUGGCAGGCAUCUGGGGUGGUGUACAGAUGUGCUUUGUUGGUGGCGUCGCCGCAGGGGCUGCCAUUGCUCUGGUUCAACUGAUUGACACCGGCAGCCCUUAA